GUUGAUCAAAAAAGCUCGCUUCAAUAUAAAAGUUCUCCACGUGUAUUGCUAACAUUUAUUAAAUUACCAGUUGUUAUGUAUUUUUAAGAUAUCAAAUAUAUUUAUUAAAAUGGUGCAGGCUCCAGACAUAGAGAUGGGUCACAGAGAUCUUCCAGAAGCUCUAGUUUUAUUAAAUGAAAUGAAUGUUAGUGCACAACAUGUGGCUUCUUUAGUUGAUAAUAUGAUUGAAAAAGUCAGAAACGGCGAACUGUCCACGGAUCAAGGGUUAAGUUUUUUGGAAAUGAAAUACAACAUGUUGCUGAGCUAUUUAAUCAAUUUAACCUAUGUGGUGCUAAGAAAGUGUUCAGGGGAAAAGAUUGAAGGAGACCCUUGCAUUGACAGACUUAUAGAAAUUCGAACUGUUCUGGAGAAAAUCCGACCGAUAGAUCACAAAUUAAAAUAUCAAAUUGACAAACUGGUCAAGAGUGCUGUGACUGGAACAAAUGCAGGUGACCUCACAGCCUUUAAGGCCAAUCCUGACAAUUUGAUGGGAACUGGUCAAUUGGGGGUAGAAGGCUCUGAAGAUUCGGAUGAAGAAGAAGAUUCAGAAAAGAAGGACCAAAAAAGCAAACAUGGAAUUUAUGUGCCUCCCAAACUAUCAGCAGUACACUACACAGGAGAUGAAACGUCGAAGGAGAGAAACAAGCGGCUCGAAGAGAAAAGCAAAAAACACGCGCUCUCUUCGAGUAUCAUGCAGGAUCUGCGCGAGGAGUACCUGGACAGCCCCGUGGAAGUGAAGGGGGCCAGCAGGGCCCAGCAGGUGAUUUCGAAGCAGCAACAGGAAAGGCAGGAGUACGAGGAGGAGUACAUGACCCGCCUGCCUGUGAGCAAGUCUGAGAAACACAAGGGACGUCACCUGACCACUCUGGGAUCUCUGGGCGACGAAAUAACUGAUUUCGGAUCUUCGAAACAAGGCGGCGGCGGUCGCAAACGAAAACAAAAACACGCUAAAUCAAAAGGUAAAAGUUUCAAAAAGAAAGCAAAGUUCCACUAA